UAGGUAUCCAGCCAUCUAGCCAUCUAUCCAGACAGCUAGUCAGUUAGUCAGCCAGUCAGCUAGUCAACCAAGAAGCCAACAAGCCUCUCAUCCAGUCAACGUUCCAAAUUUUUGAGUCAACUAUUGAUGGAACCUCGAUAUCUUAAUUGAUAUUGUCAAAUAAAAGAGGACAAGCGAUGCUAGGAAGCGAAAACCUGAAAUUAGAUUGACAGUAUAAGGAGAUCGUGGAACGGCGUGCCUAACUUGGAAUGCUUAUACCGGUGGUGUCGGGCACUUGGGGCUGGGGAUUCUUCGCUCUUUUCCUGUUCGUUUUUGCCACCCCCAGUCCAGCUGCUAUCCGCAGAGCGGAUCGAGAUCAUUGCAACAAGACAGUGGAUUUAUACGAAGAUGUAUCGAGUCCGGCUGUGACUUCCGCAAAUUGGGGAAAACCACUAUCUUGCUGGUAUCGUUUUCGAUCGUUUCGUGGAACUCCACGAGAUUGGAUCCUGCGAGUUCGUUUCAAGAAGUUUAAAGUUGGCGUAUUAGAAAAUGCCACCACCUGCUCUGGCGGUUAUUUACAGAUCGUAGAUGGAAACACGAAAACAGAAGUGAGCAAUCGGAAAGAUCCUGGGGUUUAUUGCGGUGAGUCGGAGCAACCGCAAACAUUUAUUUCCGAGACAAGUUUCGUCCGUGUGAUAUUCCAUGCGGAUAACUUUACGGAUCAAACGUACUUCAGCUUCGACUCCCGCGCGGAACAACAGUUCGAGGUAUACUUGAGAUACGGCCAACAUCCUGAACUCUACCCAAAUCGAAGAGGCGAAAUUGUGCCCGGUAGCUAUUGCGAACGAGUUUUCAAGGAUUGCAGGCUACAAACGUGUUACGUACAGAGCCCUGCUUAUCCAGGCAUUUAUCCGCGCGCGUUACAUUGUAAGUACCGACUGAAUACACGGCUACCUUUUAUAAAGCUCUACAUUGAGAACGAGGAGUUCAAUAUCGACGGGCAAAGAUGCGAGAAUAUAAUGACUUGCCCUAUGAGACCGAUAAGCUCUGGCUCGGAGCAUUGUCCGUACGACUACAUACGAGUUUACGAUGGCAAAGAUGAAAAUAGCCCGGCGAUCGGUACGUUUUGUGGUAUGGGAAAAUUCCCGUAUAGCAUAAUCGGUACCAGCGAGGAUCUCUAUGUGGAAUUUGUCUCGUCACCAGCGGGACCUCUGUUAAAUACCGGUUUUCAUUUUAACGUUGGUAAUUGGCCGGGUCACGUAGAGACCGCUGGCGUUCGAAACGGUAGCUGCGAUUGGUUGUUAAAUAGCGAAUCUUUGCAUAGCGGUAACGAAGGAAUAUUUCUCUCCGUCGCGCACUGGUAUCCACCGUAUACCAGCUGUACCUAUCUUUUGAAAGGUCGAGCUGGCGAGAUCGCGAGACUCUAUUUCCCUAGUUUUCGAGUUAACCGGAUCGAGUCACCGAUACAACCGUACGAUGGUGACUGCGGUGAAAGUUUAACACUGUACGAUGCCGAUUGGCCGGACGAUGCGAAAAUUAUCAAAACCUUCUGCGACACGUUUAGCAAACCAAUGGAGAAGCACGAUUUCGUUUCGAGCUCGAACGCUCUGUUCGUUAAAUUCGAGAGCAAAACGGGAAGCUACUCCGGCAGUUCGUUGUAUUAUUGGGCGCAUUAUGAUUUCUUCAAUGCGACAAGGUUCGGCGUGCCUGUACCUGGAACCGAAUGCGACGAAACGUUCGCCUCCUGGAAAGAACGAUCUGGCAAAUUUCGAUCGCCAUUAAAUACCCUGGUUUACAAGCGACCAGGUGAUCCACCGGCGGAUCUUUCCUGCACGUAUACCUUCGUCACGGACAAACGAUUAUACGCACGAGUGAUUCUUAUCGUGGAAUCGGUUUCUUUCAAGGUGCAUCCGUAUGCGCAAUGCGGUAACUGUUGGGAUAGUCGAGUCGAUCGAUUGAUCGUUAGAGAACCGUCUAUCACAGAUGUUAACAAUGACCAGUAUUCGCAACAGCAGCAGCAUCAACAAUAUCAGCAACAGCAACAUCAGCAGCACGCAUCGCGUCAAUUACAAAAUAGCAGUAUCGGUAGGGGUCAUUGUAUUUGUCGAUCGACGAUAACCAAUGGACCAAACAGCGACAGGCAACCGGUGCUUCGCGUGAUCUCACGAGGGGAAAAACUUGAGUUAAAGCUUCUAGUAGAUGGUGCACACGCUGCAGCGAACUAUUUUAAACAAUCCUCACCGUUGUUCGAGGCAAGGUACGAGUUCGCUCAUAGUCCAUUAUGUGGCCCAGCGAUUUUGCCAGCUACGACCGACGGCGAAAUUGAAUUCCCUCAUUACGAAGCACUCGGAUACGUUGCGCCGCCUCGACAGAUCAAAUGUAUCUGGGAACUACGAGUGAAUCGAGACAGAGACGUUUGGUUACAUUUCGACAAGAUCAAAUUUGCCUCGAGAUCCUGCGAGGAUGGAAAACUCGAGAUAUUCUUGCCCGGAUCUGCCGAACCGCAUUUCGGUAUAUGCGGUGAAAAUGUCAGUUACGUACGAGAAAUGCCGAUCAUAUCGGCAGCGCAGAUCGUCCCAAAUAUUCGUACGUCCGGGGAUCACGAAUCUGGACAUUUCAACAUGGAUUCUAUUCAAACUCAAACGCACUUACAGCAACCGGUAUCGCCGCCGCCGCCGUCGCAAUCCUCACUGCCAACGGAUCAACAGCAAGAAGAAUUCGAAUGGCCGACGGUGAUCGUUCAAUUCACUGGUUCGAUGGCACCGGCGAGAGCCGCGUUUAAAAUCGCUUGGACGGAGUUGUAUCACUUGCCACGCGAUGCUUCGGGUGCUCUGAAUACGCAGAAGCUCGAGGAGUAUUGUGGAUUUCAAUGUCCGGGCGACGCUGGUUGUAUCCCCGCGCGACUUGUUUGUAACGGUGUUGUUAAUUGCCCUAUGCCAGAACCUCGAUCGAUCUUCAAAACAACGCACAACGGUACCGGUUUGCUGGGAAUAAUCGAGGAACCGAACGACGAAUCCAUCGAAACUUGCGGCACCGAUGUUGUCGGGGAACGUGGUAGCAUGGCCGGAUCUGGAAACGGUGUCGGUGGCUUGGCCAGCGUCGUUGGCUCUGCUGGAUGGGCUGGAGCUGGUCUAGGCGCUGCUCUUGCCAUUCUUCUCGGUCUCAUUUGCUUGGUCACUGUUUGCAAAAUUUGUCGGCAACGAGCUACUUCUAGGGACAUUCAUGUACCUUAUUGACACCGUCACGGACACGAACACGAACAAUUACGUAAAUGUAAUUAUAAACGCGAACGUAAACGUACGAGUGCAGACCCGCAAUUUCUUCUUUUCGUUUCUUCUUCCAUGUUGGGUUAAUUGUUUUCUGUACAAUAUCUCGAUGCGAGCACACUAUCAGUGGACAAUGUUCGUACUCGUGUCGUCGAGCGUAAAUCUGUAACAGAAAUUAUAUCGCUCCACUCGUUUUAUUCAUGCCAAUGAACAAGAAGCAAGGAAUAAUGGCAAAUUAGGCGGAUGACUGAUUAAAUAGGUAAAUAAGAUAGGUAAACAUUUUAGGUAUACACACAUCUAUACCUAUAUGUAUAACGUGCGUGUAUGCGCGCGCGCGCGCCUCUUUCUGCAAAUCUACAGAGUGAAUUUGAAUACGACUGUAGGUAGACUCUAAAUUUUUAUGGGUUUAUGGAAAAUUUAGACGGUAGAAAGUACGCAGAAUUCAUAUAAAAUGCAAAAAUAUAUAAAAUACAGUAUAUUCGUAGAUACAGUAUAUAUACUGUAUAUAAAAUACAGUAUGUAUACAGUAUGUAAUAUUCAGUAGAUGAAGCAAAUUUCUGCUAAUGUUCCAUUUCCAUUCAUCUACAGUGCACGCAUAAUUGUUGCAAGCGAAUAUCUUUUAAAUCAUUCAAAUCGAAAACAAUUUGUUAGUUAAUGAAGAGCAUUUUGAAUGGUUAUUGUAUUGUAUCGUUUUAACAGAUAUUCGUUCCUUAUAAUGUAUAUGAUUUACUCUGCGCCUGCUUAGUAGCGCGUGCGCGUAUCCACAUGUGUAUAGAGAGAAGGCGAGAUAGGGAGGGAAGAGAAUGAGAAAAUAAUUUCAAUCCCAAAAUGCGUUUUUUCCCCACAUGUAGUAUCAUCAUAAAGUACCAAAGGAAGGAAAUAAGUAUCGGAAACGUGAUCUUUUUUUUGCGGUCACACAUAUUACGCAUACGUAAUAUACCCAUGUAUAUGUAAGUAGGUUCGACAAAGCAGCUUCAUUCACGAUUUAAUUCGUGUUCAGUUUACGAUUAUAUUCUUGUAAUUUUUGCACAAUGUAUUCGCGUUAUACAUAUUAAUAAGAGUGCCUGCGAAUGUUUGCACGUGUGCGUUAUAAGUCUGUUUAAAAUGAUGCGCACGCGUGUUAUUCCUCGAGGAUAUGCCAAAUAAAAAAUUGUAUAUAUCGAAGUUAGAAAGUUUUUAGCAUAUGAGCGCACCUCGAGUGAAUAACUCUUAAACCAAACAUCGAUAAAAUUGCUAUUAUAUUAAUCGACGAGAACUUACGUUCUUUUGUAUAUAGUUCGAAUUCUCUAAUUAGAUCACAUUUAAUAUCGUAACAACUUAGAAUAUUAGCGGAAUACCGAUACAAGGUUAACGAUACUUCACCGUGUCAAGGGUGUGAAGUAGCGUACGCGUUACAUCUGUAGCAAGCGAGUACGUGCUCACAUGUACGUACAUUGUCGGAAAUGAUGUGGUAAUUAUAUAUAUAGAAUAUGCUACAUCUCACGGACUGUAAUGAUUUUGAAAUAUGUUAGGUCAACAUUUUGAAUAAUUUCACUAUUACAAUUUAUCGCUAAAUAUAGAGCGAUCAAAUGUGUGGUGAGAUAUUAUUCAAAAUAUUGUCUUCGACAAUACACAUAUCUCAAGAUCAUUGAAAUUAAUGAGUUGUACUCUAUUCUGUACAAUUACCAAUGCUGUUUAUGAACAUCAUGAAACGUGUAACAAGACAAACGGGAAACGACGCGUAUUAUAUUUAUCGAGCUCUGUUUGUCUUUUCGGUUAAAUUAAAUAUAAAUCGAUCAAGUUGAUUACGCUACUGAACUGCUGUGAAUCAAUUGUUCAGUUUUACGCAUAUAUGAUUAUAGUCGACUUGAACGACGACGAUGACACACAAAGAGCACCGAAUUCUUCGAGACAAUCGAAAUUUACCCAUUCUCCUCCUCCUCUAUCCUAUUUAGAUUAAAGUACACCAUUCCAUUGCCAAUUUCGAAGCAAAUUCAUCGGAAUAUAAGUUGCAAUCGUUUUUUGUAACGUUCUUUUUGUACUGUUAUUAUGAUGUUUACCGUUUUAAAAAACGUGGCUUGUAUUUGUUGAUGUUGCCACACUUUCGUCAUUAUAUACACAUACACACACAUAUAUACACAUUAUACGCGUUAUUGUUGCAUUAAUUUAUCGCCUUUAUCAUUAUAUUUAAGAUAAAUAAUAAUUACCAUAUUGUGCGAUUACAUGAAACAUCAUUGUUGUAUAAUCGUUACUGUUAUUGUACCGUUUCUCGUCGUUGUCAGCACCACUAACAUCGUUGAAAAUAUCGCUACUGCCAGCAGCGUCAGCAUUAUAUUAUUAUAUUUUUUACAAAUAAAAAGUAUCCUCAUUGAUGGGGUAAAAAGAGUUUAA